AUGCAAGUGUUUGAAGCGGCGCACACUGUUUUGUUUCCGAUACGCCAACGAGAUGCCCACACGACACGCACGAUGCGUCGCUGGGGCUCAACAGUGUCAGCCCUAGCAGCCGCCUCUCUGUAUGCAGUACUGCGAAGAGACCAUCGGGCCGUCGACCUCGCAGCCGUCGCAGUCGCUACAGAGCAAGCCAGCUCCGCUGUGUCGCAUGCGUGCGCCAUGCUUCGACAUGCAACUCCCCACUUGUUACCGCGCCCGCUUCCUAAUGACCCUGAGCUAUAUCUGGAUGCAGAACUAACAUUCCUUGCUACAAAGGUACCGUCAUCAGCAUGGGUGUCUGUGUUGCGUGCACCGAAAGGAAUUUUUCCCCUUGAUGCCAAGCGUGUUCGAGAACUUGCCACGAAGCUCUUGUCCGUGUGCAAAACCUAUGAAAUUCCCUAUUCACUCGAAGCGCCUUCGUUCGCGUAUGCUAUCCUUAUGCACGCUAUUGAGGGAGCCUACCGACGUGCUAUGCCUGUGCGGGCCCUUGCAAAAUGGGCUCCAGAUGCCGCUGCAUACGCCUAUGAAGAUACACGCUGUGUAUUAGUAGCACCCAUCCAUGCAUCUGUGUCGACAGUUCUGUCCCGUUAUGCAGAAAUGGAGAAAAUGCUUGCGGCGCUUGUGCAAGCAGUGCCGUGGGCGAACGAACGCCCUGUGUCAAAACGUGAACGUGAUCGAUCCCGACAUUCUACACGUGCAGGUGCCGUGCGACAUGUUGCCCGCUCCGAUGUCGUUGUGUAUAUGAGUGAUGCAUUGGAACUGGCUACAAAGGGACGCUCACGCCAUGCCCCGUGCUCUGGACACACGCAUUCGGGCGCGAAAGCCUCGCCAGUAUGA